AGAAGCCGGCGGCGCGCGGGCGGCUGGGCAGGGAGGGCGGCCGGGCGGGCAGCGGCCCCGGCCCGCGUCUGCGCCCCUCGCUCGCCCAAGACCCCGGCUUCGGUGCCUCGGGCCCCGUCGCGCGUCGCCAUGGUGGGCCGGCUGAGCCUGCAGGAUGUGCCGGAGCUCGUGGACGCGAAGAAGAAGGGCGACGGCGUCCUGGACAGCCCGGAUUCGGGGCUCCCCCCCAGCCCCAGCCCCAGCCACUGGGGGCUCGCGGCGGCCGCGGGAGGCGGAGGCAGCGGGGAGCGCGCUACGGCCCCGGGGGCGCUGGAGCCCGACGCGGCGGCGACCCCCACGGCUCCGAAUCCAGCGCCUCUGCCUCUGCCUCCCAGCUGUGCACUGAGGCUGUGCCCCCUGUCCUUUGGCGAAGGAGUGGAGUUUGACCCGUUACCACCAAAGGAAGUAAGGUACACGUCCUCGGUCACGUACGACUCGGAGCGACACUUCGUGGACGGCGUGCAGCUGCCCCUGGGCCUGGCCGUGGCCUCCUGCAGCCAGACGGUCACCUGCCUCCCCAACUGCACGUGGCGCAACUACAAGGCUGAGGUGCGCCUGGAGCCGCGCCACAAGCCCGCACGCUUCCUCAGCACCACCAUCGUCUACGGCAAGUACCCCAAGACCGUCUACACCACCACCCUGGAUUACAACUGCCGCAAGACGCUGAGGCGGUUUCUGUCCAGUGUGGAGCUCGAAGCCGCGGAGCUCCUGGGCAGCGACGACCUCUCGGAUGAAUGCUGACUCAGCAGGCUGGGCUGGGGCUGGGCGGCUCUUCCGCUGCCCUGACCACGACCUCUCCAGGCUGGGCUGGGGUUAGGGUUAGGGUUAGGGGGACCGGCUCUUCCACUGCCCCUGACCUCACAGAUGACUCAGCAGGCUGGGCUGGGGUCAGGGUUAGGGUUAGGGGGACCGGCUCUUUCACGGCCCUGCCCCCGACCUCUCCAGGCUGGGCUGGGGUCAGGGUCAGGGUCAGGGUUAGGGGGACCAGCUCUUCCGCUGCCCCUGACCUCACAGAUGACUCGGCAGGCUGGGCUGGGGUCAGGGUUAGGGUUAGGGGGACCGGCUCUUUCACUGCCCUGCCCCCGACCUCUCCAGGCU